AUGUUUAAGACAUUAUGGACGCUAGUGGUGUUUAUAUCUGUACUUUGGAAAAGCGAUGCAAAGUAUGUAGAAGGUUACAUCCAUACUUCAUCUAGCUGGGUGUUUGUCACACGAUUUGUAUUCUUGAACGAAGAAGGCAAGCUUGACUAUAAAGUUGAGUAUCUAUUAACCAAUGAAUGUUGCCCAAGUCUGGUAUUCUACUACGAUGAUCACUGGUCUGAGGUUUAUCCUCGUCAUGACAUGCACUGUUCCUCCAAGCUGAAAUUUGCCUCCAAAUAUCACGGCUCGAACCUUCUUCAGUUUAAGUUAGAUUCUUCCAGUAACGCUAUAAACUGCGAGAAUUAUCUCGAACAUGGAGUGCAUUUUCGUCGAUGUUCGGGAGUACUUCGUUUUAUUGCGAUUCGAUCACGUUGGUGGUUCCUGGUGUUGAGCCAUUGCGAUGACAUCAAACCCUCACCUCUCAACGUAAAGUACGAAUUCACUAUCACCAAUGGAGAUUCCUGGGAUCGACAUUUAUCAGCUGAUGACACCCUCAUGGUGGAAAUAACCAUAGCUUUUCUUAUUAUCUUCACAUUUGCAUUCGUUAUUGGUCUUGCAUUUGCGAGGCAUUUAUCGGUUUUGAAGUUCCUUCAUCGACCCUAUCGGGUCUUUAUCAUUUCUUUGGGUUAUGAAGAAACUGCGUUGAUAUUUGAGACAAUUUAUUACAUGGAAUAUAUCGUGAAUGGCAAACAGAGUAUGUCUAUACAAACAACGGGAGCUGUAUUUCAUGCUGUUAGUGAAAUUAUGUUCAUCAUUCUACUUCUACUUCUCGCUAAAGGCUUCACAAUAACUCGUGGUAAACUCUCUUCCUUUAAUCAGAUCAAAAUCGCCACAUUCGCUUUAAUUUAUGGGAUAUUUUACAUCGUCUUAUUCGUUUGGAAGACAGAACUCUUUGACAACAAUCCUGGUGUUGUACGAAAUGAUUUCGAUAACUACGCAGGGAGGACGAUUAUUUCAUUAAGAAUAUCUGCCUGGGUUUGGUUUGUUUAUACUUCCAUAUCCACUGUGUGUUGUUACCCGGAGAAGAAAGGUUUUUACUGUUGGUUCUGUGCCUGUUUUUCUGUUUGGUUCUUAUUAAAACCUUCACUAAUAUUAUGGAGCUACAUGAAUGUUAAGUCCUGGAAAAGAGUGCGAAUUCUUAAAGGUGUGGACCUGUUGAUUUGUGCUAUUGCAUACACGAUAUUCCUCUUCCUUACGCGACCAACAGAUGCCAACAAGAACUUUCCAUUCCACGUUCGUACGAAUCAAGUCGAAGCAAUGACAGACAAAGAAGCUGAAGAUUUUCCCCAUACAGAAGAGUUUUCAAGAAUAGGUAAGAGACAGGAAGGAUGGAUUGAAGCAAGUUUUACUGAUUUGGAAAGAGCUAAAGACGAAAAUGAAUUGCAGCGAGAUGGAAUAUCAUCGGCUUGGUUCUCAAGAAAGGCCUAAAGAUAGUUUUAUCAAAGUCACCUUGAAGGAACCACUCAAAAACUGCUACAAAAGAUCGAUAACUGAUUAAGAUUAAUAUUGUCAAAAUAAAGGGAAUGUCUCGGUA